AUUGUGUGAUCGGUUCGCUUAUUUCUUUGAUUUCACAUCCUGUUCUCUGUUUUCAUGUUCCUAGUCUCAGAGUAUGGACUUAGACGAAGUUGAAGCACCUCCUGGAAGCGACAAAAAAUUCAAAGCCAUUCGCUUAGAGAAUGAACUUACGGCUAUUCUCAUAUCAGAACCACGACUAUCUUCAGCAGGUGCGGUGAUGCUUGUUAGAUGUGGAUCUUUUCGAGAUCCUGAGGAUGCUAUGGGUUUGGCACAUCUUCUUGAACACUUGGUGUUCGAAGGAUCACCAGAAUAUCCUGACUGUGAUGAGUUGUCCCGGUAUGCAGAUGAGAAUGGAGGGGAAACAAAUGCUCAGACCGAAUUGGAUUAUACUACGUUCAACCUGCGUGUCAGAGAUGGUGCCCUUCAAGGUGGACUUGAAAGGUUUUCAAAGCUAUUUACUAAUCCUAGUUUAGACGAAGAAGUUAUGAAACGUGAGAUCAAGUUAAUGGAUGCAGAAUUUGAAUUAAGUAGACAAACUGAUUUAGUACGUCUUGAACAGCUCAUGGCACAUGGAGCUCCAACAUGUCAUCCCUUUAACAGAUUUACAUGGGAACCUCUUGAGAAACUUCAAGAAUGGGUGAUUUCUUACUUCUCUGACAUUAAGCGCACUGAGCAAGGAUUACAAACUGAAUUAUUUAGGCUUGAUUCAAGCAUUCCUUUUUGGAAACGUAAAAAGCUCUAUAUGCUGAAAGCUCUUGAGGACGACAAUAUUCUUCGUCUUACUUGGAGAAUUCCUCCCCAGAUUCCUCCAGAUUCAGUUUCAAAAAAAUCUGCAGAUUCAGAUUCUCAUCUAUACAAGCCAGAAAUUUUUCUUGAAAAAGUCUUAGGCCAUCGAUCUCAAGGAUCACUAUACUCUCUUUUCAAAAACAAAGGAUGGAUUACUAGCCUAGAUGUUUUCAUUGGGGCUUGUAACGGUUCUGACGAUUCUGAGUUAUCGAUUGAUAGCACUUCAAUAGGGAGAUUAUUCACUCUUUCUCUUCAUCUGAAAGACAACAUCAUUAUCACUGAGAUAUAUGACAUCGUCACCUAUGUCUAUAAAUUUCUUAGUUUCGUAACUCGUGAAGAAGCUCCUUCUUGGAUCAUGCAAGAAUAUUUUGAGAUGAGAAAAAAACAGUUUGAAUCAUUUGAUGAUUAUGAUGAACUUGGUUUAAACAUGGAGUCUUUAGUUCAUAGAAUUGCAGCUAACAUGCUUCAUUAUCCAUUGAAGCAUGUUCUUUCUGGGGAUUACAUCAACCUUCGGCACAGCAAAGAGUCCGUUUUAGAACUCUUGCAGUAUUUUGAUAGAAAGAAUAUGAGGCUUGAUUUCAUAUCUAAAACAUUUGAUCAAGCAGGUUGCAAAGUUGAACCGUGGUUCAACUCUUUCUACACCAAAGAUGAUUUAAUGGAGGAGGAUACUAAUGAUGAAGAAUCUGAGGAUGAGGAUACUAAUGAUGAAGAAUCUGAGGAUGAGGAUACUAAUGAUGAAGAAUCUGUGGAUGAGGAUGAACUUCCACAUAAGUUUGUGCAUAACUCGAACAUGAAUCUGUGGCGUUCAGAAGAAGAAGGGCUGCCAACAAUCAAUUUUUGUGUCCACCAUGAUCUCGAUUCUGACUUGAAGAAUCAACUUUGCAUAAAAUUGUAUGUUGGACUUCUAAAAGAUUCUCUGGCAGAGAUACUUUACCAAGUUUGCUACCAAAUUGGGAAAAAAAGCUUAUGUCCGAGGGAAACAGCAGUUGUAAAACUGUUUGAAAAAAUGGUAGCCAACAACUUAUACAAUCAACUAAGGGUAAAAGAGACUCUUGGGUAUAAAGUUGAGUCUGAGGUUCAUUCUAUCCAUGGAAUCAACCCGUUCAUCAUUGAUGUUAGUUCUUCGGAGCACGACCCUCAACAUUUGUUGGAUCGAAUAUUCAACUAUGUGGACACCGUUGGGGUAUUUUUGGAAGGUAUUGAUGGUGUUGCCUUUGAAAAAUGCAAAACCGUACUGAGUGGUGAUUUGCCAAGCGACGAUGGAUCUAAUUUGUGGGAUCAGAUUGCUGAGAGAAGAUUCUAUCCUGGUUUCAGUAAGAAAGUUUCCUCUGAACUAAGACAGAUAAAGAAGACUGAUGUUAUCAAGUUAUAUGAAAAGUACUUGAAAAAAUCGUCUCCUCAUUGCCGUAGGCUUGCCGUUUGCAUUUGGGGGUGCAACACUGAUUCUGCAUCUUUUGUGUGAAACAGUUUCUUUUUGAAUUUUCCA